UAUUCUAAUUGCAAAUGUAAUUGUAAUUCUAACCUAAUCAAACAAUUAUAAUUACAACGUAAAACCAUAAAACGUAGAAAUUUUAAUUUAGAAGUGAACAAAAUAAUUUUAACGUGAAAAUGAAUUAGUGAUUUAAAAGAAAAUUAAAUCAUUUUAAGUGAUUCAGUGAAUGUGAUUGAAAACAAAACACUGACACUGUGACUGUGACUACUCAUCACAAUGUUGUUCAAUUCAAACAAAUUUUACCCGCCUUUUUAGAAAACGUUUGAUUUGUGGGACUGUACGAGUGAAUGUUUUUGUUUUCUAGUUUGAUUUGAUAUUGUGGGUGGUGUGUGUGUGACUGGAGCUGGCAACUCAACAGCUCAAUGUUUUUUGUAAUUAAUAAUGUCUCAAUGUGCAAUAUUGAAGAAUAGCGGUGUGAAUCGCAAUAAAACAACAAAUGGUUCGGGAGCUGAUGGUAAAUCAAACAAGAGCCAUGGCGAUCGCUUGUUUGAUCCGUCCGUGGAUAUGAUGGUCGAUGAUUACGACGAUGAACGUACAUUGGAAGAAGAAGAAGCUUUGGCCGCUGGUGAAGCACAAGAUCCACAUGCUGAAUUAUCUAAUUUACAGAGAGAAGGAGAUAUGCCAUUAUCAGAAUUGCUGAAAUUAUAUGGAUUGGACGGAUCGCCACAAACAGUUUCAGGAGGUACUGGUACUGAAGUUGAAAACGGUAGCAACUGUGAUAUAAACGACCCAAGUAUGAACAUGGAACAGUUGAAUAACGAACGAUUAACUGGCUCGGUGGGAACGGACACAUCGUCUGGUGGAGCAACAGACAUUGAAACAAUUGACAGUGAUCGACAAUCGAUACGAGACAAACCACAUUUAAAACCUCAAUCGGCAUUGUGUCAGUUGUACGAACCACUCUCCGAUACUCCAGAAAGUGAGCAAGAUGGUGCUAGAAUUCUUAGGUCGGUCUCACGAACUCACAGCGAAGUUGAUAUCGAAGAGGAGGAAGAUGAUUAUGAUUAUAGUCCAGAUGAAGACGAAUGGAAAAAAAAGACAAUUAUGGUUGGAAGUGAUUAUCAAGCAGCGAUUCCAGAAGGUUUAUGUUGUUACGAUGAUGUAUUACCAUAUGAAAACGACGAUAAAUUAUUAUGGGAUCCAACACCGUUAACACCAAAACAAGUUGAGGAAUAUCUGAAACAAGUGCGAGCUAAGAAGAAACGUGGUCCUGGCGUCUAUGCCCUGCCAGUUGGCAAGCAUUUGAAGGACGAUGAACAAGCCUUGUUCUUGCUCUUACAAUGUGGACAUAAUAUUGACGAAGCUUUACGACGACGACGAAUCAAUGCGAUCACGUCAGCGGAAACCAUGAGUUUAUGGUCUGAGGAGGAAUGCCGUAACUUUGAGAAUGGUCUACGCAGCUAUGGUAAAGACUUCCAUUUAAUUCAACAGAAUAAGGUUCGAACACGUUCCGUUGGUGAAUUAGUACAAUUUUAUUACUUGUGGAAGAAAACCGAACGGCACGAUGUAUUUGCAAAUAAAACACGUUUGGAAAAGAAAAAAUAUACGUUACAUCCGGGUAUCACGGAUUUUAUGGAUCGUUUUUUAGACGAGCAGGAUCAGAUGAGUAAUCAAGAACGUAGCACCAGUCCAUAUGUGGGAUUUGGGAGUGGUGCUACCAACACCAAUGAUACCAAAACAAAAAGUAAUCAAUUGAAUAACGACACAAAAUCAUCGAUCGAUCGUAGUAAUCAUUUGAAUAAUACUGAUUACUGAUCGUGAUCGUGAUAGUGAUCAUGUCAGUGGUCAGUGCUUCACUGAAAUAUAAACUUUAUUCUUUUUAAAAUCAACUUAACUCGGCGUCUGCCUUUUUUGGCCGGAAGCACGGUGUUAUAAAAGUAUCGGAACAGCGGAAUAACUCCCUUUAGAUAAAAAAAAUUGUUGUAAUGUAUACAGUGUGUCGCAUUUAAGAUGAAGACACCCUCACACUUUCGUCAAUUAUUGGAAUAUCGAUUUGAAAAAUUUUCACAGUCAUGC